CACUCAUGUAUAUAUACACUCACAAGCCGCCAUUUUCACUAUACUGUCAUCUCCAAAACAUACCUGAAGAUACAUACAUACACAACUAUUCCAUCACUCACUCAACCUAAACAAAAACCCCAUUUUAUAUAUUAUCCAACUCUAGAUAUGGAAGCUGCAUCGCCCAAGUACACUGGUGUACGGAAGAGGAAGUGGGGUAAAUGGGUGGCUGAGAUACGUCUCCCCAACAGCCGUGAGAGGAUCUGGCUCGGCUCCUUUGAAUCAGCUGAGAAAGCGGCGCGUGCUUUCGACGCGGCUCUUUACUGUCUCCGUGGCCCUGGAGCACGUUUUAACUUCCCAGACAAUCCCCCGGUGAUUACCGGCGGUCGUUCUCUUACCCCGCAGCAGAUUCAGGUCGUGGCGAGCCGUUUCGCCUGCGAGGAGGAGGAGGAUCAGCUAGUACCACCGCAACCGUCUCCGCCACGUGGCGACCAAAAGACGGAGGAGGAGGAGGAGGAAGAGAUAAUUUCGGCACGUGGGGGAAUGAGUGGUGGUAAUGGUGGGCCUAUGUUAGGGCAAGUUGAGCAAGGUAAUAACAACAACGAGGGUACUAAUAGUAGUAACGACACGUCGUCGUAUUGGCCUUUUAUAUGGGAGAACGAGAAUCUUGUAGGUCCUCAAACCUCGGGGGACUUCGGUUUUUUCACGGAUGAUGAUUCAACCAAUUUGUAUUUUCCAACACAACAGCCGCAGCAACAGCUCUCGUCUGAUUUUUACUAUGACGAUGGAGCUUGUGAAGAUGAUUUCUCUCAUUACAGUAUUAACCUUUGGAAUUUCUGAGAUCCAAUUUUUUUCGUGAUCUUGGAACAUAUAUUCCUAUAUAUUGAUAUUAAUUCAAUUUAUGGAUUUAUUUCAAGAUUUCAAAAUGAUCUUGAACCAGAAUCUUCAGCUACCACCACCUAGAGGUGAUGAUGAAUCAUUGUUUGAAGCCUAGAUAUAUAUAUGUCACAAUGUAAGCAUGGCCUCUUUGUUCUUCUUUAUGGUGUAGUUAAUUAUUGCUAGACUUCAUCAUCUUAUUCUUCUUCUUUUUCCUAUCUUUUACUAUACGGUAUAGUCUAUACCAAUUUGCUUCACAUUUUUUUUUCUUUUUUUUUCUUCUUCUUUGUAUUUAUUUGCUUUAAUUUGUCCACACUGUAAUUUCCUUCUCUUUUCUAAGAUUUGCUUGCAUAUUUUUGUAA